CUAUUUAAUAAUACGAUCUACUUGAAUCGUGGAAGCUUUCAGAGAUAACACGGACUUAGUGUUUAUUGAAGGAAAACAAUGAAAAAUUAAUAUUCUGUGUAUCAGAGAGGCUUAAAUACGGAUUACCUCGACUUGAUCGUUGAUUCGUUGUUAUCAUAGGGCUCGUGACCAGCACGCGCUUAAUAUCGUAUCGACGUCUUUCAUUGGUUGGUUCGAUAUGUGAAGGUGGGGUCACGCAAUAUGAUUGACAAGUUCAAACUAUUUGCGGUUCGUUUUAUUGGAAUUUAAUUAGACAUUUGAUAGGCAUUUAAUUUGAGAACUCUUGAAGUGAACAAAUAUUAAUAGAUAUCUGUGAAGGGGAUUUCGGGCUACUAUUCGCUGCUCCUUACACCGAUACUGACAUGUGAAGUUUUUGUUUUAUAUUUAGUGCUAUAAAAUGUCGUGGUGAAGAUAACUUCUUCUUUAAUCAAUUUAAAAUAUGCAAACGGAGAGUUUGAACACAACAAGAACUCUAUAUAUGCAAAGUUUGCGCUCCUCCAUCGUGGAUUGUACUUCGAAACAUAAUAGAUUUUCUCUACAGAAAAGUAAACUGAAUCAAUAAAACGCAAGAAGAAAAAGAAAACAGGAAGCUUUGAAUUAAAGAAAAACACAAUAAAUAUAAAAUUGCGAUACAAAAACAACUGCAUAUCGUAGUGUCAUUGUUUCUUUUGCUCACACCAUUGCGGACUAUAUUCUAAAAUAUAAAAGACUUACUCUAAUAUAAAAUAUAAAAGAAUUACUCUAAAGAACAGUAAACUCAAUAAAUAAAACGCAAGAAAAGGGAAAACAAAAAAAAAGAAAGCAAAAAUGCAGUUCGUAGCGAGCGAGAAGGACGUGAGCGAUUUUCUCACCGUGACUCAUUUCAACUGCCCGAGAAUGGAGAAUUUCAUGUACAGCAUUGAAGACGACAUCUUCGACAUAGAUUACUACGAGAGUUCCACGGACUACAGCGAUGAGCUUGCCUCCACCGGGUCCAACGAAAGCGACAUCGAGAACGUUCCGCUGAACCAAUGCAGCUACAUGAAACGUGGACCGGGAGGCCGGAAGGUCCUGCAGCGGAAAGCGGCGAAUAUGCGCGAGCGUCGUCGAAUGAAGUCGAUCAACGACGCGUUUGAUUGUUUGCGGAAGUGCUUACCCGUGCAGGACUCGGUCGAGCGGAAGUUGUCCAAGGUAGACACGCUGAAGUACGCGAUGGCAUACAUUUCCGGUCUCUCGGACCUCAUCAAGUCUUCGAGUUUCCUGUUGCCGCACACGCAACGAACCGACGUUGAAAAAGCGCCGGAAAAAGUGAUCCUCAAGUCCCAAUAUCUCGAUAACGACCUCCAGACCAGACUUGUCGGACAUUCUCUGAGCUGCUCAGUCGAGAUCUCGCCGCUUAAUCACGUGACCAGCGACAACAAACUGUACGCCAAAGUGUGGUUCCCACAAUAUGCGACGGAUGCGGACUUGAUAAAUUUAGCAAGCUAUUCAAACGACUUCUCUAAGCACGUUUAGUGUUUCGUUCACUUUUGUGAGUCGCGUUCUGAGAAAACUGGACUUAAUGCAUGUGCGUUAAGUGAUGUCCCAGAUUGGCCCGAGCAGCCCAUAUCUGGUACGACAAUUAU